AUGCCUGGAUUCGCAGACGAAGCCCUCGCCUGGCGGAAACGCAAGCGUGAAAAUGAAGACCCGUUAACCCGCCCAGCCUCCUUUGUCCCAUUUAUGGUGGACCACGCAAACUGCGAUCCAUAUAUCGUCCACCGACACAACCACAAUCACAGCCACGAACAAUCACCGGACAAAGACUUCGACUUCAGACCAAGAUGCAUUCCCCGCAAACGCCGCCAUCUCCAACAACUUCAACUUCAACAACAACAUCCACACCAACAACACCCACAACAUUCAUCAUACCUCCUAACCUCCACGCCUCAACCGUCUCUCUUAUCCCCAAAUAUCUACGCAACACCCCAAGACCCCUACUCACCACCGGUAUCGCCUAAAACUCUCGUCCCAAUCCCAUACCCUUCAACCACCCCUACUUCAGCACCAUCUUCAGCAACAACUACAUCUACAACACAUCCCUCCGCCCUCCGACCAUGCCACAUCUGCCAUCGCCGCCCAACAACCCGCCAAGUCCUAGAUGCCUACGCAGACUGUGAUCUCUGCGCCCAACGCGCAUGCUAUAUUUGUCUACGUCUCUGCGACGGAUCCUCAUGUCCCGGCGCAGUGCCUACACCUACAGCUGCGGCUCAUGCUGCAGGGGACGAUCCAUACGAUGAACUCGGCUGUUCCAGGCGGAAGAUCUGUUCUUCUUGUGCGGUUGAGGGGGUUUCUGAGGGCGUGGAGAUUGUUAGGUGUUUGGAUUGUGUUAGGCCUGCUGCGUGGGAGGAGUGGGCUUUGGAUGGGGAUGAGAGAAUGGGGGGUUGA